AUGAAAAACAUGCGCUCCAACGGCAUGAGUAAGCCUCCUCUGUCUGCUGAAAGGGGGGAGGAGGAGAGGUGGGGUGGGGGUCAGGGAAUCCGUACACAGAACAGCCUGUCUGCAGUGUUUGCUGUCAACCAGAGAAAUGGAGAAGCGCCCAUUCUCACAAAGAUAAAAAGGAUGUCACUACCAGUUUUGCUCUUUCUAUCACUCUGGACUGUUCUGUGUGGAGGAUGUGGCCUGGAAGGUGUGAGAAACAUUAAAACUACUCUCGACAUGAAUGCAAAGGGAUUUCGAUCAGUGUUUCCAAAGGAUUACUAUGUUGUACAUCACUACACCAGCAACAUCCUCUGUGACAAUGACCCGUGCUGUGUGUUUCCAGCUGCCAUCGUUCUCCUGGAUUCGUGGCAUGUGUUGAUCAAAAACCUGUACGACGAACAUAUAAAUCGCUCCUUAAUCAGAGAUAUCAAACAGACACUGGAAAAAAUAAUCAAGAGCAACAUAAACUCAGAGAGGUUCCAGGAGGACACAGAGCUGCACCGUCUUGCUACUCACCCGUCUCGUCCAGAGGAACUCCUCAAUGCCACAUCCGACUUGUUUUCCCGCUGGAUUGAGGUGGGAUGUGAACCCUCCAUUGAAAGUUGUAGUCUGCCCACUUUGCCCACUGCAGUGGAGAGGAAGGACAUUGACCGGUCAAGAGCCAGACUGUUAACCACUCGAGGAGUGGACGGCUGGGAGGCUCUUGAGGAAGACUGGAUCAUGGACGCUGUGCAGCUGCCAUCCAGUGCAGGCAGCCGGUCCGUCCCGUACUCUGUGUCCCUCUGCAGUCCUUUGCUCUUCAGGCUCUACUGGUGGCUGCUGUCCUGA